GUGGGAGAGGGAGAGGGAGAGAGAUACAGAGAGAGAGAGAGAGAGAGAGAGAGAGAGACAGCAAAGCAGCUCCAGGCUUCCUCAUCUCUGUUCACGUCAGAGGCAGGAACCGACUGUGCUAAAGCUUGGCUCAACACGCAGAGACAGACAGGAACAGACCCAGAGACAGGGAGAAGGAGGGGGUCCUUCCUGACCCAAGGAAUUACCACUAGUGGAGUAGAGCCGCCUGACUUUUUUAUCUUAUUUUGGUUGUCUCUUCUUUCUCCUUCCACUCAUAGCCCUGCUGUGGAGCCUCCUCUCUUCCUCUCAGAACAGGAGGAAGGGAAAGGAAGGGAGAGAGGUGGGCUUUAGACGAGAGCAUCAGCUGGCUCCAGCCCGAAGAGACAAGAAUUCUCUUCGCAGGAAGCUCCUCUCCCUCGUGGCAGCCCACCCCCCAGCCCGGUAUCCAUGUCAUCCUAACUCCACAGAGGACAGAUCUCUUUUGAAGUUAGGGUUAAAGAACGUGUGGUCAAGAGAAAGCAUCGGAAACACCAUCAGGAAAGGCUCAUUCCACUCCGUGCUGCAUACUGCAAGCUGCCCCAGAACUGAGCCGAAGCAGACAGGACAGGAUGGGGACAGACGGGGAAACGGUAGUCCUAAAGAACGUGCUCAUUGGCGUCAACCUGAUCCUGCUGGGCUCCAUGCUUAAGCCCUCAGAGUGUCAGCUGGAGGUGACCACAGAAAGGGUCCAGAGACAAGCAGUGGAGGAGGAAGGAGGCAUUGGCAACUACAGCACAUCCAGCAAAGAGCAACCUGUGGUCUUCAACCAUGUGUACAACAUUAACGUGCCCCUGGACAGCCUCUGCUCCUCGGGGCUGGAGGCCUCUGCUGAGCAGGAGGUGAGUGCGGAAGAUGAGGGUCUGGCAGAGUACACGGGCCAAACCUCAGACCAGGAGAGCCAGGUCACCUUCACCCACAAGAUCAACCUCCCCAAAAAGGCCUGCCCAUGUGCCAGCUCAAGCCAUGUGUUACGGGAGCUGCUGAGCCGGAUCGAGAUGCUGGAGAGGGAGGUGUCAGUGCUGCGGGACCAGUGCACCAGCAACUGCUGCCAGGAAGGCGCCGCCACAGGACAACUGGACUAUGUCCCUCACUGCAGUGGCCAUGGCAACUUCAGCCUCGAGUCCUGUGGCUGCAUCUGCAACGAAGGCUGGUUCGGCAAGAACUGCUCAGAGCCCUACUGCCCGCUGGGCUGCUCCAGCCGGGGCGUGUGCAUGGACGGUCAGUGCAUCUGCGACAGCGAAUACAGCGGGGACGACUGCUCUGAGCUCCGGUGCCCAACGGACUGCAGCUCCCGGGGGCUCUGUGUGGAUGGGGAGUGUGUCUGUGAAGAACCCUACACGGGCGAGGACUGCAGGGAGCUGAGGUGCCCAGGGGACUGCUCGGGGAAGGGGAGAUGUACCAACGGCACCUGUUUAUGCCAGGAAGGCUACGUUGGUGAGGACUGCGGGCAGCAGCGGUGCCUGAAUGCCUGCAGCGGGCGAGGACCCUGCCAGGAGGGGCUCUGUGUCUGUGAAGAGGGCUACCAGGGCCCUGACUGCUCAGCAGUUGCCCCUCCAGAGGACUUGCGAGUGGCUGGUAUCAGCGACAGGUCCAUUGAGCUGGAAUGGGACGGGCCGAUGGCAGUGACGGAAUAUGUGAUCUCUUACCAGCCGAUGGCCCUGGGGGGCCUCCAGCUCCAGCAGCGGGUGCCUGGAGAUUGGAGUGGUGUCACCAUCACGGAGCUGGAGCCAGGUCUCACCUACAACAUCAGCGUCUACGCUGUCAUUAGCAACAUCCUCAGCCUUCCCAUCACUGCCAAGGUGGCCACUCAUCUCUCCACUCCUCAAGGACUACGAUUCAAGACCAUCACUGAAACCACCGUGGAGGUGCAGUGGGAGCCCUUCUCCUUCUCCUUCGAUGGGUGGGAGAUCAGCUUCAUUCCAAAGAACAAUGAAGGAGGAGUGAUUGCCCAGCUCCCCAGCGAUGUUACCUCCUUUAACCAGACAGGACUAAAGCCUGGGGAGGAAUACACUGUCAAUGUGGUGGCAUUGAAAGAGCAAGCACGGAGCCCCCCAACCUCGGCCAGCGUGUCCACUGUCAUAGAUGGGCCCACACAGAUCCUGGUACGAGAUGUCUCUGACACAGUGGCCUUUGUGGAGUGGACCCCUCCUCGCGCCAAGGUCGAUUUCAUUCUCCUGAAAUAUGGCCUGGUGGGUGGGGAAGGUGGGAAGACCACCUUCCGGCUACAGCCUCCCCUGAGCCAAUACUCAGUGCAAGCCCUGCGGCCUGGCUCCCGCUAUGAGGUGUCCGUCAGCGCAGUCCGAGGGACCAACGAGAGCAAGUCCACGACCACCCAGUUCACCACAGAGAUUGAUGCUCCCAAGAAUCUGCGAGUUGGUUCCCGCACAGCAACCAGCCUUGACCUUGAGUGGGAUAACAGUGAAGCAGACGUUCAGGAGUACAAGGUGGUGUACAGCACGCUGGCAGGGGAGCAAUACCACGAGAUGCUGGUCCUCAAGGCCAUCGGCCCCACCACCAGGGCCGCCCUCACAGAUCUGGUACCUGGCACUGAGUAUGGAGUUGGAAUAUCUGCCAUCAUGAACUCACAGCAGAGUGUGCCAGCCACCAUGAAUGCCAGGACUGAACUUGACAGCCCCCGAGACCUCAUGGUGACAGCAUCCUCAGAGACCUCGAUCUCUCUCAUCUGGACCAAGGCCAGUGGCCCCAUUGACCACUACCGGAUUACCUUUACACCAUCCUCUGGGAUUGCCUCGGAAGUCACUGUGCCCAAGGACAGGACCUCAUAUACACUGACAGAUUUAGAACCUGGGGCAGAGUACAUCAUUUCUAUCACCGCUGAGAGGGGUCGGCAACAGAGCUUGGAGUCCACUGUGGAUGCCUUCACAGGCUUCCGCCCUAUCUCCCAUUUGCACUUUUCUCAUGUGACGUCCUCUAGUGUCAACAUUACCUGGAGUGACCCAUCUCCCCCAGCAGACAGACUCAUUCUGAACUACAGUCCCCAGGAUGAAGAAGAAGAAAUGAUGGAGGUCUCCUUGGAUGCCACCAAGAGGCAUUUUGUCCUGAUGGGUUUACAGCCAGCCACUGAGUAUAUCGUCAACCUGGUGGCUGUCCACGGCACGGUGACCUCUGAGCCCAUCAUGGGCUCCAUCACCACAGGGAUUGAUCCCCCCAGAGACAUCACAAUUAGCAAUGUGACCAAGGACUCAGUGAUAGUCUCCUGGAGCCCUCCUGUUGCAUCUUUCGAUUACUACCGAGUAUCAUAUCGACCCACCCAAGUGGGACGGCUGGACAGCUCAGUGGUGCCCAACACUGUGACAGAAUUCACUAUCAGCAGGCUGUACCCAGCUACUGAAUACGAAAUCAGCCUCAACAGUGUGCGGGGCAGGGAGGAGAGUGAACGCAUCUGCACUCUCAUGCACACAGCCAUGGAUAACCCUGUGGAUCUGACUGCUACCAACAUCACCCCAACACAAGCCCUGCUGCAGUGGAAGGCACCUGUGGGUGAAGUGGAGAACUAUGUCAUUGUUCUCACACACUUCAAAGUUGCUGGAGAAACCAUCCUGGUUGAUGGACUCAGCGAGGAGUUCCAGUUUGUGGACCUGCUUCCCAGCACCCACUAUACAGUCACCAUGUAUGCUGCCAGUGGACCUCUCACCAGUGGCACCAUCAGCACCAACUUUUCUACCCUUCUGGACCCUCCAGCAAACCUGACUGCCAGUGAAAUCACCAGACAGAGUGCACUGAUCUCCUGGCAGCCUCCCAGGGCAGAAAUUGAGAAUUACAUUUUGACCUACAAAUCUGCAGAUGGAAGCCGCAAAGAGCUGAUCGUGGAUGCAGAGGACACCUGGAUCCGGCUGGAAGGUCUGCUGGAGAACACGGGCUACGCAGUGCUCCUGCAGGCGGCUCAGGACACUGUGCGGAGCAGCCUUAUCUCUACCACCUUCACCACAGAGGGUCGGGUGUUCUCUCAUCCUCAAGACUGUGCCCAGCAUUUGAUGAACGGAGACACUCUGAGUGGGGUUUACACCGUCUUUCUCAACGGGGAGCUCAGCCAGAAGUUGCAAGUGUACUGCGACAUGACCACAGAUGGGGGAGGAUGGAUUGUAUUCCAGAGGCGUCAGAAUGGCCAAACUGAUUUCUUCCGGAAAUGGGCUGACUACCGGGUGGGCUUCGGGAACCUGGAGGAUGAGUUUUGGCUAGGGCUGGACAACAUCCACAGGAUCACAGCCCAGGGACGCUACGAGCUGCGUGUGGACAUGCGGGAUGGGCAGGAGGCCGCCUUCGCCUACUACGACAAAUUCUCUGUGGAAGACAGCAGAAGCCUGUACAAACUCCGCAUAGGAAGCUACAAUGGCACUGCGGGAGACUCCCUCAGCUAUCACCAGGGACGCCCUUUCUCCACAGAGGACAGAGACAAUGAUGUCGCUGUGACUAACUGUGCCAUGUCAUACAAGGGCGCCUGGUGGUAUAAGAACUGCCACCGGACCAACCUGAAUGGGAAGUAUGGGGAAUCGAGACACAGCCAGGGGAUCAACUGGUACCACUGGAAAGGCCACGAGUUCUCCAUACCCUUUGUGGAAAUGAAGAUGCGGCCCUACAACCACCGUCUCUCAGCAGGGAGGAAACGGCGGGCCUUACAGUUCUGAGUAGCGGGCAGCCACAAGCCAAACGAUCUUUUCUGUCAUUUGUUUGUAUUUUAUAAUAUGAUACAAGGGGGGAGGGUGAUAGUAAUGUGCUUCGCAACAUAGUAACGGUAUCUGAAGGAAGCAGGGCUGAGGCAGGGGUCACCUGACUACUAUCUACUGUAGUUUCUACUGCUUGGAGCCCGGCCCCAUGGCUGCCCUCUCCCUCCUAACCUGUCAUCCCUAACAUUCCCCUCCUUUCCCACCAAGGAGGAAAAGUAGAUGUUCACUUAAAUGACCAAUUCGAAGACAAAUCAUGGAGGACACUUGUUAGGGCAAUAGGUGUUCACCUCUUUUUCUGUCUUCUUGAGAUGCCUCCACCUUUGAGGUACUGGUAAUCGGGUCAUAGCCUUGGAUAAUCAGGUAGUCACACCAGCCCAGAGAAGUCUCAGCAAGAGAGCCUGGCCAGCAGCACCCUGAAGAGGGAAGAGAUCAACCUCACCCUGACCCAGCCGCCCUCGUCCUUUGGAAUGGGCCAAAGUUCUCGUUCUGAAACUCUCACUUUUCCAGAGCAGUGAGGCCUCUUUUCUAGCUAUGCUCAAUCCUCGCCUGAUUUCAAUCUACCUUACAGCCUACGAUCUUAUCACCCCAACAGCUGUUUUGAGAUCUAGUUCCCAGGAUGUUGCUUGCCACUGGCACUGGGUUGUACAGUGGUUGUGUCCUUGUGGGUCUCAAAUCACUUCUCCCUCAGGUCGGCCACACAGGAACCUUUUUCAAGGGUGGGAAGGGGAGAUGGUAUUUGUCUAUAGCACUUUUGGGUCAAGCUCUGCAGAAAAGACAGAAAAAGCAGAAAUAAGGGCACCUGCCCUAGCGAUUAUAAGCCCCAUGGAAAACAGAUCCUGCCUAGUUCCAUUUUUACCAUUUCUGUUCUGCUUUAUCACAGAUUAUUUUUCUGAAUUUGCAAACUGAAGGCCUUAUUUAUGUCAUCAGCCAGGCUCUCCUUGGUGUAGGUGGCUUAAUGAAAGUCAGAAGAAGAAGCAAUAUGACCAGCCAGCCGUUCUCCUAUUACUAAUCCUGGGAAGAGAUGGAAUAUUUACUUUGGGGCUUUUUUUAAAAAAAAUUGGUCCUGUGAGAAACAGAAAUGACCCCUUAAUGAGGGGAGAUCAUGAGAAGCCUUUCUCCAUCUUCUUUUAUUAUUCUGCUUUUGAAAGGAAAAAUGAAAAGUGCCAGAGGAAAUUGCAUCUAGAAACCCAAAGGUGCAAAGGGGAGCACUGUGGGCACGUGCCUGUGUUGUGAGAUGUGCUGUCUCCGCCGGCAUGGUUUGAUCGUUAAGCCCAGGGUUCUAAAAACUUUUAACUUCUCCAAAUCCGAUGCCAGCUGCAACCAUCCUGCAGCAACCAUCCAAAGUCACACCCAGGGCCACAGCUGCCUUUUCCCUUCCUCCCCCUAAUCCCCCAGGAGCCCUAGUCUAGUUCUUGUAGAGACCGCGUUUGCCAAACUGGGCAUCUGUGCCUUUGCCGACCAGUGACUAGAUAAGCCUGAGAGUUGGUAAUUUUCUAAUGGAAACAUCACCCUCUAAACAAGCUUUAAUAACCAGGAAGAGACAGAUAAUCCCUUAGACUGAUAGAUGUACUUCCGGGGCUGUGAGGAUGGAGUCAGUCUGCCCUGUCCCACAGGCUCCUUCUCUUCAGUGGCUUCCAGCAAGACCUCAUCUGCUACACACCCGGGGUCAAAAAAAAAAUGUAGGUGGUACAUUUAUUUUUCAGUUCACGGAAGGUUUCAAAAAACUAGAAGAAACAUUAAACAAGAGUUAACUAGAGACGGGGGCCAGAAUGAGGGGAAGGAAGCUUCCUGGACGAGGAGGAGCUGGGGGCUGAGGCAAAGGCUCGCCUCUGCCCUUACGCAGCUGUGUGACUGGCUAGGUAGUUCCACCCCGCUUGUCCUCAGUGUCCUCACCCGUUGGAUGAGAAAUUAGACUAGAAUAACUUCUAAUUUCCCUUUUAGCUUUAACAUCAAUAAUGCUAGUCUAUGACCUGAAAAUUUGAGAGUAGGAAUGUGUAUUGGUGAAAGAACUCACUUAGGUCACAGUGUGGAGAGACAGAAGGAAGGAAGGAAAGAAGAACAGGAGGAAGGGAGGGAGGGAAGGAAAGAGAGGUUGAUUCAGAAUCAGAAGUGAAACACAUGCACCUGUAUCCACACACACACACACACACACACACACACCACAAAACAAUGCCUAGGAGGAGGCUGAACUGUGUCUGUAAAAGCAGUACCAGGGACCUGAGUGUGCUAGGACAGCCCACCUCAUCAGCAGAACUGAAACGGAACAUGAUUGUGUGUCAUCAGUUCAGGAGAAAGUCAAGAAACAUCAGGGGAAACCAAAGCCUGCCUCUCUGGAACCAUUUUACCCUACAGAACAUUUUUAUAAAUAGUAUCCGCAACAUUGCCUAGUUGCAUUUUAGAGAAUUUUAAAGCAAGAAAGGAACUUCAAAGAUCAGUUCACCAUUCCUUUUGUGAAGUAAAGUCCUUUUCUCCUGAGGUGUUUUUUGUUGUUCUUGUUACUGUUGAUUUUUUUUUUCUUAACCAUUUUUAGGAGACUGUUCUACUGUCUUCCCAGAGCCUAUGGUCAACUUGACUCAAAGGUUCUUAACUUGACUCACCUAACUUCUUCCCUGAGCUUCUUCACUAAGAAGCUGCUUCUGACUUCUUAGCUGAUGCUUGCUUAUCCUGUCCCUCCAAAAACCUGUGCUCUUCCCAGGGGAGGAUGUCAGAGAGGUGCAAGGACACCAAAGGAUCUCAGAAGGAAAACCAGCAGACCCUGCCAUAAGGCAGUCCAAUGAAGACAUUUGAGAGUAUAUACCUACACCAAAAAAAAAAAAGUAGCAAAAAGAUCAAAAUCAACUACCAGUGAGUGUAAUAGAUUCACUGACAGACCCAGGCAGUUUCUCCUUUUUGUGUUUCCUAUCACAUAAGGAUUGUUUACAAUAUGUUACAUUCAUAUUUUCCAGGGUUACUUCUGGAAGGGAAGGCGUCAGAUGUAAAGAUGCACUAUCAGGCAUGACAAUGUGUAGGAAAGUGCUGGCCAUAAACACAAAUGGAGCAGGGCUGGGGAUGUAGCUCAAUGGCACCUUGCCUCACAAGCUCAAGGCCCUGAGUUCAGUCCCCCCCCCCACCCCCCAAUCCCGUACUGGAAAAAAAAAAGUGUGGUCUUACUAGAAGCGACCACAAGGUGGCGCACAAAACACCUCCAGAGACCCAGGGGAAACCCUUUGAGAACAGCUGGGCUCCCCUGGUUUCCAGGAGACCUCCCUGCAAACCAAGAAUCAAGACUAAUCUAUAUGGGAGACGAAAACAAAAUGACAGCAAAGAGAUGAAGAGCAAACUUCCAUGAAUAUUUAAAUCAACCCCACCACUCAUCUACCACCAACCCAACUCCACUAUCAGUAAAGUAAUGGACAUCUGACACCCGGUUUCUUCCCCCAUGGAGACCAACCAGCUCCCUACGCACUACAAACUGCUAUUUCAAACUCAAGCUCAAAGAACCAAGGUUGCCAGUGAGCCCCAUGCUAAACCAAACAGUCCUAAACACAUUCUUACUUUACUAUCUAGUCCAAUAGCAGAGCUAUAAAUCAAGGGACAAAGAGUCAUUAAAGAAUCUUUUCAAAGAUCUCUUUUUAAAGCAUCUAUUGAGAAAGGUUUUAUGAGCUCCUCUCUGUCCUCUUCUCUGGAGAAAUACAAAGGGAACAUGAGAGAGCAGUGGACACACCAAGUUUAGAGGCUUGAAAAGAGACUGGCCGGUGACCAGGAUUUGCAAAUGCUCCUGGGCGUGGACUUGUUUCUUUCUCCUCCUUCACCUCACCUUCUCCCUCCCUUCCUUCCUCCCUCCACACAGAAUUUCAGAAAAUAUGAGACCGCUUACCUGGGCUGUGUGAUUUUUUUCAUUCCCCGCUUUCCUAUCACCAAAUUCCUACCUAUUCAGUCUAAUUCUCUAGUUCCAUUUCUUUCCCUCCGAAGCAGAGGGAAGGGUGGGAGAGGAUCACUUUCCAACUCUAUUUGCAUCUCACUGUUCUUAAAACUUCCAUAAGGAAACUGAAAGAUUGAAGUUCGGUUUGAUUUCAAUAAUCCCACAAGAGAGUGGGAUCUCUCGUUUUCACACUUGCCUCAAAAUUUGCCAAGACUACGAGAUGGGUCUUGGUGACCUCUGAAGCCUGGGGUGGAUCUGUGAGUUUUGCAGAUCUGCUUCUCAUCCAGAUUCUGUCGUGCUGCAUCUCAACCCUGCCUGGUCUUCCUGGGUGUUCCCUUUUUGUGCGGGUGAUGAUGACAGAGAAGUUCCAGCCUGUAGGGUAAUGUGAGUCCUAGGGCUGGCUCUGGGUGGUGCAUAUAGCCUCUCUCUAGCUGUAUAUGCAGGGCCCUUCACUCACAUUCCUACAGAUCUCUGGCUAGCUUCUUCCCCCAAACCUCUGCACCUUCCUCAUCCCAGCGCCUCACAUGUGUGUAAAGGUCUCCUCAGUAAUACCGGAGUAUUUCGACACUCACAGAUGAAAUGAAAACUUCCAAAAGCAAGUAGGGAAAACAACUCUAGCGUCUAUUUUAAUUUAUUAGUGUAGAUUCCGGGUCCAGUUGGAAAAAAUUACUUGGAGUUCAUACUAUCUGUAUCCACCCUGGAUUUGCUUAGGCUGGUUCGGCUUUGAAAAACAGCUAGGAAAAAGAAUAAAAUGAAAAAUUAAACAAAAGAAGAAGCUGAUGGAUCACCACUGAUUAAAAGGAAGCCUUCCACAAACAUCCCACAGUGAAAAAGCAGAGACCAGGUGUGAGUGGCCAUAAUAAAUGUACCAGAUUGGCUUCUUGCAUGCUGGCCUCUGGCCUCAUCCACAACUCCUAUCCAUUUUUCCACCUGUGGCAACACGAAGGCACCAGAGAGGCCCUACUGCACCAAACAAGAAGCAGAGGGACUUUGUUCAACCCAUCCCACCCGGACCAUUCUUUUUCAUCACCAGCAGUCACAGCCUGAUUUGUCAUCUCCAGCAUUUCUGAUUUACUUUCCAAGGUCACCCCUGGUCUGAAAUAUGACUUCAUUGCACCUGCAGCACUUCAUUGUCCAAAUGUCCUUGGCAAAGCUCGAGAUCUUUGGACAGUGUUGCAUUUUCUCCAAACAGGAAAUCCUCCCUCCUUCCCCGAGCUUAAUAAGGCUAUUGCAGAGCAUCCAAAUAACAGGGCUCUUGUUCCUUCGACAAACUGGGCUCCCUCUAUUAGCUUAAUAAAACAGCCCCUGUUGCCUGGAUGUGAGUUGGGCUAAUGCUAAAUUCCCAGUUCAGAAACACUUAACCCUGUCAGCUUGAGCUAGCUCUCUUGGGCACUGGCACCAUGGGCACAGGUGAGAAAGUGCAAGUGUCCUUCUCUGAAAAGCAAACACGCACCCCGGAGGCCUGGGACACCUACGUCACAGCCAGGUGCAAGGCCAGCAGGGGAACAAAUGCCCGGAUGAGAACCCUGCGCUUCCUCUAGCGGGUUUAGCAGUCCCCAGGGACACCGUGUGUUGCUUUUUAAAUUCUGUUGCUGAACACUAAUGUGUUUAAACCCUGCUCCUGAGGCAAACACUGAGAACACACCUUCAAGCCAGAGGGAAUUCCAGAGAUUUCCUAACACCCUUCUCUGACUUCAUACUCAAGUAAACGGAGGCCAAGAUAGGAUAAGCAGCUUGCCUAUGUUCACACAGCAAUUAAUAAUGGGGCUAACGUCAGGUCUGAGGUGAGCUUUUUAAUCUAUCUUUCUUCAAGAGAAAGACUGAGAAAAAUAGUACAACAGUGUACCUACUAUUACCAGAUACCGCAUUAAGGGCUUAAUAUAUUUUAUUAAAUCUUUACCACAACCUUAGAGAAUGCAGGCAGAGAAAGUUUCAGGAACGUCCCCCCAAAUCACACAGCUACUUUAAAAAAAACACAGAAUCUCUUCAAAUAAUUCAAAAUGCUUUGAUUUUUCUACUCAUGAAGCUGCCUUUAUUUAUAUUUAUGAGGCCACACAGACACAUCUUGGAUUUGGAUUUUACUAAUAUUCUCACAAAAGGGCCUCUGGUGCACCUCUCCCUCAUCUCUCUCUCUCUCUCUCUCUCUCUCUCUCUCUCUCUCUUCCUUUAGAAAGAGGAAUUCUUGCACUGUUUUGGUCACAUUCUUAGGGACUCUCAAUCUCACGUUUGAGAGGAGUAAGAAACAUCCAGACAGCUCUUUCUUUUUCUUUCUUUUAAUUUGGGAGUGGAAGAGAGGGUCCUUCAUAGGCUUAGAGGAGAAGAUGAAAUCAGGGCACAAACACAGUUUCUCCCGCCUCAUUCUUUUGGGAACAUAGGAACCUCUUUCUCUUCCAAUGUAGGAAGAGUGGGAUAUUCCGGAGUCAUGCUACUCAUUCUGGAGCAGGCAGCACAGGCAGGAGUAGGAAGGAGGAACCCCAGAAUAAACAUGUCGUGAGCACCUGGAACAUUGAUAUACUUUAACAUUUGGGAAGAGAAUAUUAUACUAUGAACGCAUUCAAACCAGAAUGCACGUUUAACUACUGCAGAAACCUCAUGAAUUUUUAGGUAAAACUCAGCAAG